UGGCACCAUUAAUGACAACAUUAGAACACUGGACUGAAGGUUGGGACCCGGUUGCUAAGCAACCCUGCAAACGCCAUGACAGAGCUGCACCAGGCAGCGGCAGCAGGCGAUUUUGACAAAGUUGAAGAUAUAUUAAGACAAAAUAAAUGCAAUCCCAAUCAGAGAGACGUGGACUGGAGCUCCAAGACCCCCCUCCACUGGGCCGCAGCACGAGGACAUACAGAAACUGUCCGGAUCCUCAUCGAACACGGGGCCAGGCCAUGUCUGCGGACAGACCACGGCUGGACUCCGGCCCACUUCGCUGCAGAGUCGGGACGCCUGGCGGUGUUGAGGCUGUUACACUCCCUCCACGCUCCCAUAGACAAGGAGGACUGCUGUGGAGAUAAACCGCUGCGAAUAGCCCAAAUCUAUGGCCACCACGAGUGUGUUCGCUUCCUUAAAAAGGCUGAGGCUGAGUGUCAGGUCUACCGCUCCAUGGCAACAAAUAAAGGCCUUUCACUGGAUGACACUGAUGAAGAGUGGGCAGACCAGUCCAAAGAAAAUGAAGAAGACAGGAGUAACAUACACACAUAGUUCAAAAUCAUCUUUACUUUUGAUUCCGUUCAACAGUGUUUGAUGUAAUUUCAGUACU